AUGCAGCGAUGGAGAGAAAUUCAGCAGUUCAAACGAGAAGUCGGCGAGGGGUGCCCGAUUAGGCAAUCCAGUGACUCGGCGGCUUUUGGAUUUGCUUUGGAAUCGAACUUCCUGCAAGUCAAAAACCUCAUCUUCUUCCUCACAUUCUGUUGCUUCGGCAUCGCCGCUCGUCUUUUUGCACCCUUCCAACGGUCGGGAAUUUAUGUUUCAAUCGCUCCGGCUCCUCGAUUUGAGCUACUACUUGUUGGGGAUUUUCCUUUCUCCUUGAACCGCCUCCUGGUGGAUGCGAUCUCCCAUCAUCCAUCUUCCUCCCUGGCGGACUGCCUCUCCGCCGCCACUCGAUCUACACCUGUUGCUUUCACUCAGAUCAUGCCCCCCGUCAACUCGCCAUCGGAUCCCCCCCCUCAGUCGUCUUCCGCUUCUUCGUUUCGGCCUUUGACCGCGCUCUCCUUGCCUGUUCCCUCGCUCCCCGCAGCCGUGUCCGAUGACGCUCAUGAUGAUAACGUGAGCUUUCUCCGAUCUCGUGUGCGCUCCCCACCAGACUCGACUUCUUCUCUCAGUCGCCAGCGCCGACGUCGACAGCAAAUCGCGUCUGAUUUCGAUCUAGAGCCCAUGGAGCUGGAUGAUCCGUCCCACUUGCGCAUCGAAAUCAACCGCCGCAUCCCCAUCGUGCGCCGUCAACGCGACGCCUCCGGCAACCCCAACUUGACCAAUCUCCCCAACUACGAAGGUCAAAUGUCGAAUUCCCGCUCAGUAUACGGCUGGGCUCCGGCCUCCGAUGACGAUGACGAUGAUGUAGGCUACGAGCCGCUUCACGACAGUAACACCAUCUCAUGGUUCGGCCGAUUCUCCGAUCGCUACGCGGCUGCUCGUCGCCACGCGCGCCGGGAUGCCGCUGGUCGAAGUCCCCCAACACUGCCAGACGAACCGUCUGACGGCAGUUCCAAUCGCCAAAGCGACCCGGCUCUUUCGACAACAGAGGCUUUCUUACAGUCGGUGCGACGCCAACAGCGGGGUUCGCGGACACGCGCGCGGGCGCUUCACGACUAUUUAUUAGAGCGGGAACGGGCUUCCCAGGAUUCGGAUGAGAGUCGAGAGCGACCAGGCCCUCCAUCAGCCUCACGAGCAUAUCGCUUCCUUCCCAGCGCCCGGGGCGAGUCGCAACGCUAUCUGACGCACAACGACCUACGCGCUCGGAUAAGCGCUCAUCGACAGUUACACAUGGACAACCCUCCGAACCCACGGUUAAAGGAGACCAUUCUAUAUCUGGAUCGCCUGCGGUAUUCAACCUCAUUUGAGGAAAGUCUCACUUCAGCGGCCGCAGGGGGUUUUGUACAUACUGAUUUCCUCAACGGGAACGAGGAUGACUUUAUCCUCGAUAUCAGUUCGAUAGCGCCGCCGCCGGAAAGUUCAUGGCUUCGUCCGGGUAUGGUCUUUUCAGGGUCGCAGCGGGCUGCCAGCAGUGCGAGCUCGCUUUUCGCACAACGAGGGCUCAGCCCAUCGGCAUCCCAGGACCCAAUGAUUGUCAAUGGGAGUGACAACAGUCGCAUUAGUGUAUAUACCACAACAGGACGACGUUACCUGGCCAAUAAUAUUUACCACCUCGGAGGUGGUAAGGACGAGAACUGGCCAGUCAAGGUCACCAUACAUAGCAUCAACCCGGAAGAUAUGACGCUGUCGGGUACCAUGGAGGCAUACAACAUACCGGACAAAACGACCCCGGCGCAUGAUGCACAUAUCGUCACAUAUCUGGAGGGAGAGAUAAUUGAUUUUAACAAGCAUACGCUCGAAACAAAGAACUUCAAAGCAGAUGCGGAGAUUGACAGUACAUAUUGGCGGGAGUUGCAGCCAUUCAAGAAUCUGAGCGAUGAAGAAAUGACGCGGAAACUCGUGAGCCGGAAGUGGAUAACUGAGCAGUUAUCCAAGCAGUGGAUACUGAUGAGAUGGAAGGAACGCUGUUUCAUCACGCCCACCGACUCCCGACAAGGGCUGACGAUCUCGGGAUUCUACUAUAUCUCACUAAACCGGCAGACUGGACAUAUCGAAGGGUUAUAUUACGACCCGGGCAGCUCGCCAUACCAACAGCUGUCACUGAAACCAGAGUCGAAGAAAAUGGUGCGUCCCUCGUACGGGUUCCGCUAA